AUGGACAGCGACGUGUUAUAUCUUCCUCAAGAAAUCAUCAGAAACAUUCUGAAACGACUUCCGUCCAGUAAUCAAAACCCUUCUCUUCUUCUCGAAUGUAAUGGGAGUCAUAAUUCUUUGCGCCGGCGCUUGGGUUUGCUGGAUUGCGGCUUGCAAGUACGUAAAGUUCAGAGGGCACCUUUGAUCGAUUCCUUGAGCGGUGCUAGGAUCCUCGGUUCCUGCAAUGGCAUGCUUUGUGUUGAAAUCAAUCAAUACAAUAAAUCUCCUCCUUCGCUUUCAUUGUGGAAUCCUGCGACUACAGCAGUCAAGCAAGUUCCUAGAACUAGAACUGAUGGUUUUGACUUUGAUGAUUGCGUGACCGGUUUUGGAGGGUCUUGGAAGGUAAUAGAUAUUGGGAAUUUAAAGGGAGUCAAACUUGAGUCUCAAACUGUCACGGCAAAUGGAGCCAUAUUUUGGUAUGGGGUAAAGCUAGGUGCAGAGGGGGGUGAAGACAAUAUUGAGGCCGAGGAGGAUGAAUAUGAUAUGGAGGAGAGUGAAGAUGAGGUUGAGGUUAUAGUUUCAUUUGACAUAGCAAAGGAAGUGUUUACAUUGAUACCGAGGCCCAAUUUAGACUAUAAUGCAGACGAAAAGCUUACUGUUUACGAGAACAAACUUGCCAUACUUUGUGACGUUUGGGAAGACGAUGAUGAAACAGCUGAUUUGAUUGAUUUGUGGGUGUUAGAUGAGGGUGCAUGUGCAUCUGGGGAGACAUGGAGCUGGACUAGAAGAUAUACCAGCAGCCCCUUUUCACGCACGUUAGAAUCAAUGACUAUGUGGAGGAAUGAAAUUAUCUGCAAAGCUACUUCUGCAGAGGAUAAUGAGAAGGGAAGAAAUGUUCUAUAUUCGAUGAAUAUCACUACCAAUGAAGUAAAAAGGUUUGUUGUUUCCAAUUUUGCCCCUAUUCAUAGUAUUUAUGAUUACGCAGAAAGCCUUGUAUUUGUUGGCAAUAGCUACAUUGAAGAUGCUUGA